AUGACACAAGCUAAUGAAUUUUAUACUGAAAGAGUUUUACAACAAAGAAUGCAGAGGAAGAAAAGAAAAGUACAAUAUACACAAGUUGUUGAUAAUGGAUCAGAUGUUGAUGCUGAUUCAAUUAGUGAUUCAAGUGAUGUGGUUUAUUCAAAGGUAUUAGAAGAUACAACAAAAGCAACAAUAGUGAAUCAAGAAGGAUUUGAUUUUAAAAUUGAUGGCCGUCAUUUUUCUGAUGAAGAUGGUUCCAAUCAUAUAUAUGAAUAUGACUUAUUUUCACAAGAUGUAACAUCACCAUUAUAUGAACAAGCAACUGUAAAUAUCGACAAAUCUGUUAAACGCAUAUUGAAUUUUUGUGUUGAUUCAAAUCUUGACAAACUCAAAGUGAUCGCGUUAAUGCAUUUGAUCAAAUCCUUAUUGUCGGUAGCAAAUCAUCUUCCCACCACAUUUCAUAAAAUACUAAAAGCACAAGGUAAAAUAUCAUCAUCUACAAGUAAGCUGCAUUAUAACAAUUAUUUGAGUUUCACAACAUUGUAA